AUGGUCGUGUUGCACCACCUCAUUCUGCUCUUCGUCGUUUGCAUUAACACUGUCCACGGCAUCCUACCACCUUCUGGCUACGAUGACGACACCUCGCCACUGCCCCUCCGCCUGGACGACCUGGAACGGGAGCACCUGCAGCAGUUGGACCUCAACCGGCCGCCACUGCUGCCCAAUCGCUACGAGUGGCAGCCGAAUGUGGCCGCUAGUUUGCCUCCCAGCUACAUUCAGGAGGCCGCCCAACGCGAGCGGGAUCUCGAGCGGAAUCGGCGGUUGGAGGAGCUGCGUCAGCUGCAGCAGCAGCACCAGCAGCUGAGUUCGGGUUACGCCUUUCCCUCCCACCUGCCAGGUGUGCUCUACGUUGGCCCCACGGCUGCCACGCCCACUCCCACGCCCUCGCCAGCGACGACAACGGUGGCCGCCUCAGCUAAUCGAUUCGCCAAACCCAUAGUUCCCUACGACUUGGAUUUGGGGCUACGCGGCCUUCCUCCAUACGUGACCAGCAAUGCCCUGCCCCUCCCAGUGCCACGCCCCCUUCCGCCGCCCCAAGCCCGGCCGCCGUUCAUCUACGGAUUUACCGCCCAGGGUAGCCGGGCCAUCGGCCAGCCCCUGUCGGUUCAGCAGUCCAAGCAGUUCGCCUACGCUCCCGCCCAGCCGCCCCAGCGCCACUACGCGAAUGGGCCGCGGGUUCCGCUGCCGUAUCCGCCCAGCUUUGUGAGCUUCACCACUCGACGACCGGGCGGGCCGGAGAGGAUCAGGCCGUUCCGGCCAUCGCAGCCGGAUCCCACGCCCGAUUUGUUCGCUGGACGUUCCUCGAAGUCACUGCUCGACUCGUACAUUCCCAGCUGGGAGGUACUGCGCCUCAUCAGGCAGCACCAGCCACAGGCACAGUCGCAGCAAGGACUCACUCCCAUUCAACGGCAAACGCUCGCGUAUCCCGCUCCGCCGCACUUGAGGCUCUACAAGCGGGAUUCGCAGGAGGAGCGUUCGAGGAUCGUGAAGAAAUCGCUGGGACAGCCCGGUAACCUCAAGGAAAACUGA